UCAAAAUGAAAAGGAAAACAAAACAGUACUAAACGUCAUGUAGAAGUAGUUGUGCUCGUGUAAUUUUUAAUUGUUUUUUUACGAAAGUUGUGACCAUGUGUAAAUUUAAAUUGGCUAUGAAACACGCAUUACGGAAUUAAAUUGAUAUGAAAAUAAUGGAUAGUGAUAUACAAAACUUUGUGCUCUUAAACACAUUUCAUACCCGUAAGAAAAAAUUGAGGAUUAUUUUUCAUCAAGGAAAUCUUGUCUGGGAUAACGAAAAACCGCCGUCAGAUAAGACCACUGUACCUAUAGAAAAUGUAAUAUCUGUGCAACAGAAUUACAGGAAAACUCAUCCUAGUGAAACUAGACAACUGAAUCCCAAUGCAUUCACUAUCCAUUAUGCAGAAAGAGAAAAGGGACCUAAAUGGGUCUACAAAAACCUAGUACUCAAAAAUUCCGACCCACUUUUAGUCACAACAUGGGUAAAAACCUUGCAAACCCGGCUAAAAGAAUUCCGUCAACGGCCAAAACAUGUCUUACUCUUCGUGAAUCCUUUCGGCGGAAAACGAAACGCCAUGAAGAUCUACGAGAAAUAUGCCAAAAACUUGUUCAGAAUAGCGGGCAUUGAGGUGACACUGAAUGUUUCACAAAGAAAAAAUCAAAUUAAAGAUUUUGUUAUUAGCCAUAAUUUGGAUAGUUUCGAUUCGAUAGUGUGUGUGGGUGGUGAUGGUACGGUUUCUGAGUUAUUCAAUGGGUUAGUACUACGAGAGUGCAAUAUUCGCGGUGUGGAUGCUGACGACAUCAAUCAGAACUUGCCUAGACCAAGGAUUCCUAUAGGAAUCAUACCAGGGGGUAGUACGGACACUAUAGCGUACUGCAUCCAUGGUACCGAUGAUACUACUACUGCUGUGCUUCAAAUCAUAUUCGGAGACACGUUAGGUCUGGAUCUGGUAUCUGUUUAUGAUGAACAUACUCUACUUAGUUUGUACGCUAGUACUUUAAGUUAUGGUUAUCUGGGUGAUGUGGCGUAUCACAGCGAUCAGUAUCGAUGGAUGGGGCCACGACGAUAUGAAUAUUCUGGUUUCAAGAAGUUAGUGAGUAACAGAGGUUACUACGGAGAAUUAGCUGUGUAUUCGGAGAAUGACGGUGUUGUUCAAGACAUCCCUUGCCAUGAAAAUUGUGAUAAAUGUGAAAACAGCAAAGAUCUAAAAAUGAAUAAACUAGGUUGUAAAUGGCAGACGUUGUCUGGGAAAUUCUUUAUGGUUACUGGUGCUAACAUAAGCUGUGCGUGCAGCCGAAGUCCAAAGGGCAUAGCCCCGUUUAGUCAUUUAGGGGAUGGUAUGGUUCAUUUGGUGUUGGUUAAACAUACUUCCGUAUUAAAUAAUGUCAGAUUGCUGUUGAGGUUGUCCAGCAACGAACCUUCUAUCGAAGAUUUGCCUUUCGUGGAGACUUUAUGCGCGCGAGAAUUUUGUUUUAGGGCUAUUGAAGGGAAUAGCAAAUGGAACUGUGAUGGAGAAGUACAGCACCAAAUUAAUAUACGUGCAAAGGUACGAUGUCAAUUGCUCACCAUAUUCAGCAGAGGAAGGCCAAGAAAUUGUUCUGUUGACCCAACUUGCUGUGGAUUUUAAGCGAUUUAUAUUUUUUACUUAAACCAAUUCGAAAGUAUUGACUUAAAGUAUUUUUCUGCUCUAUUCCUACAAAUAGUAUUAUUUUUUCUAUAUGGUAAAUUGUUGUAGAGGCUAUAGAGCUAUUUUUAUUAUUCAUUCCUUAAACUAUUUGUGUAGUAGUUAAAAUUAAAUUAUUUUUAAACCAAAAAAAA